AUGCAAGUCAGUGAGGGGCUGCAUAAACCCUCAGCGUCUGCCCUGGUGCUGCUCCUGGCAGCGUCCCUCGUUGCCUUCUCCUGGAGUGCCCCUCAGGCUCAUUUCCAAAGGAGAAACUGGACUCCUCAGGCCAUGCUCUAUUUGAAGGGUGCACAGGGACGUCGCUUCAUCGCAGAUGAGAGCCAGAGGAAGGACCUGUAUGACAGAGUGCAGCUUGAAACACGCAGCCAUAACACAAAUCCUUUAUCUCUUCCUGAAGCUGCUGCACUGUUCCUUACUUCCUUACAGAAAGCACAAGAAGUGGAAGAGGAAAACAGUGAACACCCUGGCUACCUAACAGACAGUCUAUUAAACUGGUGAAAUGAUUUAAAAUGUCUUUAACAUUUGUACAGCUUUGAACCUGAAAGCAUAACUUGUGUAAGUAAAGUGUUUCAUCCAUUUUCACUGAAGUUCCCAAAGAGUGAGGUGUUUUCACAUUGCAAAAUUCUGAAUGCAAAGGGAUUAAAAGGUACUAGUUCAGAUAAG